GGUGUUGGGAAAGCAGGCUUCCAGCAGGCCGGCCACGUUCGCCAGAGGUGAUGCGAGGGAGAGAAGCAGGCGGAGAAAGGGGGCGCAUCUACAGGGAGAAGGGGAGAGGGGCAGGCAGCCCACGCAGGGAGAGGACUCUGAAGAUCCUCUGCCAUCCGUGCCCUGUGCCGCCUGCAUCCAGAGGGCUGGGGGAAGCCACCUCUGCCCUUGGCCUCCUCCCGACCUCCUCUCAGACCUGCUGCUGUCAGCUGGAGAAUACAGUGUCUCCACCUAACCCUCUCAGGUCUUUUUCCCCCUUAAAAAAAAUCAUUAGGACUUCACAAUUCGGGCCUGUCUUGGCUCCAGGCUAAAAAGGGGGAGGGGGCAGCUGGCUUGCGCUCCUCCAGUUAGAGAGUUAGAAGCUGGACCGCACACCUCGGCCCUCACCCAGCUGCAGCGGCAGCCCAAGCUCCUCCCGGCACACAGCACAGACCGCUCUGAACCCCACUCCAGCUGCCAGCGGCUGUGCCUUUAAAUUGCUGCUUUCGGAGGGUGCAUCUGGGGGGAGGUGGGAGGGAGUGAAACAUCUCCCUACCAGUCUCCCUCCUCCCUCCCCUCCAGGACUCUCCAGGGUUUGGAGAGUGAUCGCUGCCCAAAGAGAAUCUCCUCCAGCUCCCACAGGCUAGCUGAGGCCCUCGGGAGCCCCAGGCGAGUGGGAGCAGGAGUGGGUAGGGUUAUCUGUGUCAGGAUCAUUUUAGGGAAAGAGUUCUGGCCCCUGACUGGAACACAGGGCAGAGAAGAGACCCGAAGAGGACAGAGAGGCAACUUCCAGCUGGCCUGUGGGCUCCUGGCAGCCCAAGUUGGAGGUAGGCUGGGGACUUGGGGUGUCCUGCCGGAUAUCCGGGCUCACCUUGGCAGCCAGGCUGAGAACAGGCACCAGGGUCCCCGCGGAAUGACAACUCACCUUCCUGCAACCCUCUCCUUCCUCCUCCUCUGGACCCUGCCAAGUCAAGUCCUCCUCAGAGCCUGCUCAGGCCACCUGCUCUGGGAACCCUUCCUUGGGGCCAAGGAGCCUCUGGCGCCAAGGGUGGCCUUGGCCAAAGAGGAAGUCAAAUCUGGGACCAAGGGUUCCCAGCCCAUGUCCCCUUCUGAUUUCCUGGACAAGCUUAUGGGGAGAACAUCUGGAUAUGAUGCCAGGAUUCGGCCCAAUUUUAAAGGCCCGCCCGUGAACGUGACCUGCAACAUCUUCAUCAACAGCUUUGGCUCUGUCACCGAGACAACCAUGGACUACCGGGUGAAUGUCUUCUUGCGACAGCAGUGGAAUGACCCCCGCCUGGCCUACCGAGAAUAUCCCGAUGAUUCAUUGGACCUGGACCCCUCCAUGCUGGACUCCAUCUGGAAGCCAGACCUGUUCUUUGCCAAUGAGAAAGGGGCCAACUUCCAUGAGGUGACCACAGACAACAAGUUACUGCGCAUCUUCAAGAAUGGGAAUGUGCUCUACAGCAUCAGGCUGACCCUCAUUUUGUCCUGCCCGAUGGACCUCAAGAACUUCCCCAUGGACAUCCAGACGUGCACAAUGCAGCUGGAGAGCUUUGGCUACACCAUGAAUGACCUCGUGUUUGAGUGGCUAGAAGAUGCUCCUGCUGUUCAGGUGGCUGAGGGACUGACUCUGCCUCAGUUUAUCUUGCGGGAUGAGAAGGAUCUAGGCUAUUGUACCAAGCACUACAACACAGGGAAAUUCACCUGCAUCGAAGUAAAGUUUCACCUAGAACGACAGAUGGGCUACUAUCUGAUCCAGAUGUACAUCCCCAGUCUACUCAUCGUCAUCCUGUCCUGGGUCUCCUUCUGGAUCAACAUGGAUGCCGCCCCUGCCCGUGUGGGCCUCGGCAUCACCACGGUGCUCACCAUGACAACGCAGAGCUCUGGUUCCCGAGCCUCUUUGCCUAAGGUGUCCUACGUGAAGGCAAUCGACAUCUGGAUGGCCGUGUGCCUGCUCUUCGUGUUCUCUGCCCUACUGGAGUACGCUGCUGUCAAUUUUGUCUCGCGUCAGCAUAAGGAAUUCAUGAGACUCCGACGAAGGCAGAAGCGCCAAUGCAUGGAGGAAGAUGUCAUCCGAGAAAGUCACUUCUAUUUCCGUGGCUAUGGCCUGGGCCACUGUCUUCAGGCAAGGGAUGGGGGUCCAAUGGAAGGCUCUGGCAUUUACAGCCCCCAACCACCAGCCCCUCUUCUAAGGGAGGGAGAAACAUUGAGAAAACUCUAUGUGGACCGAGCCAAGAGGAUUGACACCAUUUCCCGGGCUGUCUUCCCUUUCACUUUCCUCAUCUUCAACAUCUUCUAUUGGGUUGUCUAUAAAGUGCUACGAUCAGAAGAUAUCCACCAGGCACUGUGAACAGAGUGGGGGUGACGGGGCCCUCUCAAGAAGCUGUUGGUUUCCUGCUUCCUCCAGGGUGGGCUUUUCCCCUCCAUGAGAAUCCAUCAGGGGCUUGGGCAGUUCCUGAUCUCCCACUCAGAACUUCAAUGGCCAAUCCCAAAGCUGUGUGGGGUGGCACACAGCUUUGGGAUUGGCCGUGCAUGGUACCAAUUGUGGCUGUACUUAGAAAGAUGGCUCAUCUACCCUAAUCCAGAUUUCCUCCAUGCUCUCCCAUUUCUCAUGAGAAUAUGAUCUGGCCAUGUUCCUGGGCCAGGAUGACCUUCCUUUGCUGGAGCUUCUCCAUUCCCCAAUUCUCCAGUGGAGAAUAUUCAGGCCACUGCUGCUAGAUUCUUGCAUUUCUCAUCUUAAUCUGCACUACUUCUCACCCUGCCAGUGGCCUUUGUGGCGUCCUCUGUCCCUAUUACUGCAGGCUCAACUAGGAAGUCUUUCCUAUCCACAAGGGAGCCCUGUGUGGCCCAGUCAGGUUCCUUGAUGGUGGAAAGAAGGCAUGGGGACAGGUUCCCCACCUCUCAACCAGAUUGGAAUAGUCGUGGGCUGAAUUGAGGUAGGUAGGAUGGCGCUGUAUGAUACAACAGAGAGGUCUUCAAUCUGCCAGGAAACAGCACUGUCAAAAUGGGGCCAGAAAUCUUGGAAGCUCAAAAAGAUAACUCUUCCACAACUUCCACCUGAACUCUUCCACCUGAACUUCCUGCUCUCAGAAAUAUUUGGUUUAUUCCCCAACUAAAUAGCACAGUAGUGGGGGUGUGUUUGGCUACUAGGAAGUAUGAAAGAAGAGAAAAUGCUUAUCCCUUUAAGAAACUUACUCUGGAAUGCUAAGAAACAUCCAAGGAAAGUGAACUCCAAAGUAGUAGGACCCAGGAGGGACAGCAUAUAGAAACUGCCCCUGCGUCUCCUGCUGGCUAGGCCUCCAUGUGUCCUUUUUUCCAUCUCUUUAUUUCCCAGGACUCUUCAUUCCCAACUUGUUCCUUCAACUCCUUUUGGCGAUCAAAUAAUAGUGCUAGACAUCCUUGUCCAGGAAAAAGUGGGCUACGGUGUUCCUGGGGAGAAACUAGGCAUAGGGAGGGCCCCUGUGCUGAACAAACAUUGACUUGGCCAACUAGAAAUUAGAGUUGUUUUUUAACCCUUCUCUUGUAAGGAGAGGUUGCAACUAGUUGAAGCUGCCAGAAAUGCCAGACUAGAAAGGAUGUGGCCCAUUUCAAGCCUGACACCCCAGUGGGACAUGGGGAAGCAUGGGUCUGAUACGCCCAAUCCUUUGAAGUGACCCAAUUGUGAGGAACUGAAAAUGGGACGAUUAAAUUAGUGCAGGGCUAACAGCUGGAAGACAGAGGUGAUCAGAUGCUAUUUUAAAUCUUUUGUUCUUUUCUCUGAACCUAGAGUAAUUAACUGUGUGGGUUCAAUCUCUCUCUCCUCCCUCACUCCCUCCCCCUGCCUUUCUCCAUUCUUCAAAAAGGUGAUCCUAACUGAAAGUCAAUAAAUCCAAUGACCAAAACAAAUCCUAUGGUCAAACCAAGAGCUCAGUUUUCUUUCCCCCUUUUCAUAUUGAGCUUGUCUAUUCUCUCCUGUUCACUGAGAUGCUUCUCCUGUCUGUCUCUUGGUUUUGAGGGGAGCAUUCUGGGCUGACCAGGGUAGUUACACCAGAAAUUCUUAUUGACGAUAUUAACUCUGAUGUCAAAGAAAUUCAAAACCAAGGGGCUGGCUUAAGGAAGGAGAUUGAACUGAGAGGGCAGAGUCCCUGUUCUCCCAUUUCUGCCCAGGUAGUGCCAAUCAACGAGAGGACAUGAGCAAUACCCCUUUGAAAGGAGCAGAGAGCAUCCCUUUGAUACUCUCCAUGGCUGGGCUGGGGUGUCAGGCUGCUGCAGCCCGAAGGAGGGGGUAGCAGCGGGGGGUGGACUAUGGAGAUGAGCUUAUUGCACAGAGCUCUGCUUGUUAGAGAUCUUGUCCAGAUGGGCCAACUGCACAAAUCUGCCCUGUUGGAAGUCUCAAGAACAAUGCCCUGGAGACAGCUACAGCACUGAGCAAUAGAGCCUGCCCAACUGGGACUCAGCUCAGGGCAUCAGCUGGUGCUGGGAGCGAAAGAAACCAAGGUACCAACCAACAUAAUAGCCCAAAGGAGUUCACAAAGCUACUCAGAGGCAAUGCCAGGUGGAAGGUACUGUUCCUCGCCACCAGAGCCCCAAGGGGAGACAGGAGACACAGAAUGUCAGGAUCAGGUGCAGAUGUCUUUGGUUUUCUUCACCUUUCCUGCCAUGUAUGAGGUUCGGGGUGUGGGAAUGGGAGUGGCAGAUGUUAGCUUUCACUGAAAGCAACUGACACCUAGCAAUCCAGUCGGUCAUGGAAUUCUUAAACUUGGACUCUUCACAUCACAGUGAAUUAGCAAAAGGUCAUAUAAGAGAAUCUCUUGGAGGUCACUUCUACUUACCCUCAUUCUUACAGUAGUCACCUCUCCAGAGACCCACAUACGAAAUGAUUUUGAGUUUUAAAACAGUGUAUUUUUUAAAAGGGAAAAAAAACUUCCUACAUAAAGUGUUUGGGGGUGUUUUCAUUGCU